AUGUCUUUAAAUGCUUACAUUUGUGUGGAAUUUUUACCGGAAGCGAAUGCGGAAGAGUUGUCGAGAAAAAAAGAAGUGCGUUUUCCAAAACCUGUAACAACACGUCGUGUAGUAGGCUAUCGUGACCAAAAGCAAAUUGAUACACGAAGACAGAAACGUCAAGAUAGACUUGGUGAUCCUGCUCCUACUCAGCCCUCGGAAAUCGACGAUCCGGAGACAUCACCUGAAACUGAAAGAGACAUUAAUGAAACUACCCAGCCAGAAGAUAUCGGCGAU